UAAAGAGAAAGCAACUCCUCUGUGUGUGUACAUAUAUAUAUAUAUAUGUAUAUAUCAGUCAUCACCACUCACACCUAAAAGAUCCCAAACAAGUGAUUGGCUUUCCUUUACAACCGUUGAUUAAAGCAGUCAGCUCUCCGCACACACUCGUCCACAAAGAACAGCAGAAUGUGCACAGGAAAAUGCUCCAAAUUAAUCGGGGCCUUGCUCUUCCCCACGGCUGUGCUCUGCAUCAUUGCCAACCUCUUCCUCUUCUUCCCCAACUUUGACACGAAGUAUAUCCAGGACCCGGCGAAGAUCACUCCUGAGGUGCUGUACAUGGGAGGGAUCCUGGGAUCCGGAGCUCUGGUGCUGAUCUCCGCUUCACAUAUCUACGCCACCGGCAGCUCAGGCUGCUGUAACAACCGAUGUGGGAUGUUUCUGUCUGUGUUGCUGUCUGGUCUGGGUGUGGUGGGCUCAGGGUAUUGCUUUGCGGUGAGUGUGGUGGGACUGGUGAAGGGACCCACGUGUGUGUACAAUGGCCAGUGGAUUCGCCCCUUUAACGUGUCGCUUGCAGAAUUCAGCGGGAGAAGUUACCUGUUUCAGCCCGAGUUGUGGGGUCGCUGUGUGGAGCCCAGAGAUGUGGUGCUGUUUAAUACCACGCUGUUCCUGACGCUGUCCUGCCUCAGCUCCCUGCAGUUCUUACUCUGCCUCAUCCAGAUGGUCAACGGGCUGUGCGGCUGUGUGUGCGGCACAUGUCGCCAAUCCAGGAACGUGAUCGUGGCCUAAAGACGUCACAAAAGCGCUCUGAGACGCCGUCCGGUGUGAAGGGCGCUGUAGAAACGCGAGUUGUUGUUGUUGUUGGGGGUUAGUGUGCGAAUGUGAUAACAUCUCCCGCAUUUAUCACAACAACCAACCAGAGAUCAUCAUCACAUCACCCCACAACCAGGCGUGUGACACCAAUGGGGAUAAUUAUCACAUCAUCUCAUCAUAAUAAUAUUAUUGGGGAUAAUUAUUACAUCACAUCAUCAUAAUAUCACUGGGAGUAAUUAUCAUAUUGACCAAUCAUGUGGUCACUGACUGCCUUUGAUCUGGGGUGAAGGUCCACCCCUCCUCCUCCGAGAGAUAUGAUUUUUCGGGACAUAUCUGAGCUCCGUGACGAUUAUCACAGGUAUUAAUGUCACAAGCCCACAGUUUCUCUGCACUUUCUGUUCAACACCAGAUAGCACAGACCUCGAGACCAUCAGGAAUUUGGGUGAGGAAGUCUCCAGAAUCUCCUCUUCCCCCCCCACCCAGACCUCAGUGAACACAAGUGAUGGGAUGGACAAGGAGACGGUGACCUCCCCCUCCCCCCAGGGAUUACCUCACACCCCCACCCUUUGGAAGAGCUAUCCAAGGAGUUCCCCCCCUCCACUGCUUUUCACCCAUGUUUCCACCUCCCAUUUAGGCACUGUAUUCCAGACUGUAACAACUCUCCAUGUAAAAAAAUGUCUCCUCGUCUCCCCACUGGUUCUUUUGACAAUUACCUCGAAGCUGUGACUUCAUGUAUUAACUUAUUAAAGUUCACACAA